UAUAUGUCUCGUCCAGAAUGAAUAGACACUGGACACUGAACAGCCGGAAAUGAACCAUCUAGGAACGCCAAACGUGUUUAGUCUCCCAAAAUAUACUGUAUAAGUUUUGCCCAAAUAGUCGAACUUCAGUGGAAAUCAAAGCUUUUGUUGUAGGCCUGUACUCCGGCCGCCCUUCCUCAGCCGCACGUCAAUGUUGCUCUCCUCCUUCAAACCCGUCGUGUGUUGCCUCCCCUCAAGCUCCAGAUCACGCCUCACCCCCGUCGAUGCCACGCCCGCUUCAAAUCUGCGUCUAAAUAGCCAUGUUUCUUCUUUUUCUCAUCAGAACAUUCAAUAUGAAACCCCAAUGAUCAUCUCUAGAAGAGAUAUUAUGUCAGUUAUGUGGCUAGCAGCCUCUGGGCUCUUCACUCCCAUGGCUAAACCAGCCAAGGCACUGGAACUAGAAGAAGCAAAUUUGAAGAAGAGCCCCUUUUCACAGUUUCUUGAAGCUAUUAAGGACAAAGUUGGGCUAUCAAUGCCAAAAUCAGAUGUUGAUGACAAUGAACUAAAAACAGGGGCUGAGACUAGAGAGUUAUCAAAGCUAAAGACUGAAGGGGAUGAUGUGUAGAAGAAGCCAGCUUUUGUCGAUGGUAAGUUGGAUAUAUCAAAACCAAACAUUGAAGGUGGUGAGCCGAAAUCAGCGAAGAAAAUCGAAAGCUAGAAUCCUAGGAUUGAAUGGUUGAAUGCUACCGUACUUUAUCA